AUGACUAGUACAGCCUCUUUCAACGAUACCUUCAAAGUAUCCGAUAAUAUCGCCGUUGUUAUUCCAGACGACAAUGUGCAGGUCACUUAUCGUGAGUUAUCUCACAUGGUAGGUCACUUCCAGAACAUGUUCAAGGAUAAGAACUCUCCACUGUUCGACGUAGUUAAUAGACAAUCUACUGUGGCAAUUUCUAUGGUAAACAAUUUGGAAUUCAUUGUAGCAUUUUUAGGUUCUACGAUGGAUUCUAAGAUAGGUGCUCCAUUGAAUCCAAAUUAUAAGGAAAAGGAGUUAAAUUUCUAUUUGAAUGAUUUAAAAUCAAAGGUCAUCUGCGUUGCUAAGGGUACCGUAGCCACUCCAGAUGCCGAGGUUGUUAAAGCGGCGAAGACUUUCGAUUGCUUUAUUGUCGAAUUAUAUUUCGAUGCUGCUAGAUUUACUGUGGAGUACGAUAUUUAUUCUCCUAAAGAUGACUACAAGCAAAUCAUCUACAGUUCUAAUAGUAAUCCAAAGUUUAUUAAUAAGAGCGAAAGCCACUUCCCAGGUUUUGCUCGUUCAUCAGACGUUGCCUUGAUUUUACACACAAGUGGCACAACUUCUUUGCCAAAGACCGUACCAUUAUUACAUCUCAACAUUGUUAGAAGCACAUUGAACAUUUCGAAUACUUACAAACUGACUAGUAUGGAUCGUUCGUACGUCGUUAUGCCAUUAUUCCAUGUUCAUGGUUUAAUUGGUGUUCUAUUAUCAACAUUCCGUCAACAAGGUUCUGUUGUCGUGCCACCAAAAUUCCAUCCAAAACAAUUUUGGAACCAAUUCACCGAAUGGAAGUGCAAUUGGUUUAGUUGCGUUCCAACAAUCAGUAUGAUUAUGUUGAAUAUGCCAAAACCUGAUCCACUGCCACACAUUAGAUUUAUCAGAUCCUGCUCAGCGUCAUUGGCACCAACAACCUUCUAUACCUUGGAAAAGGAAUUCAAUGCGCCAGUUCUUGAAGCUUAUGCAAUGACUGAAGCAUCUCAUCAAAUGACCUCAAAUAAUUUGCCACCAGGUAAGAGAAAACCAGGUACCGUGGGUCAACCGCAAGGCGUUGAAGUUGUCAUCUUGGAUGAUAAUGACAAUGUUCUUGAACAAGGAGCAACAGGAGAAGUGUCUAUUAGAGGUGAAAAUGUCACUCUGGGUUAUAAGAAUAAUGAUAAAGCUAAUAAAGAAAAUUUUACUCUCAGAGAAAACUAUUUCAGAACGGGUGAUCAAGGUUAUUUUGAUCCUGAAGGUUUCUUGGUCUUAACUGGCAGAAUAAAAGAAUUAAUCAAUAGAGGAGGUGAGAAAAUCUCACCAAUUGAAUUAGACUCUGUCAUGUUGUCGAACCCAAAAAUAGAUGAAGCUGUUUCAUUCGGUGUUGAUGAUGAAAUGUACGGACAGGUUGUUCAAGCUGCAAUUGUAUUGAAGGAAGGAGAGUCUAUGACAUACGAAGAACUGGUCGAAUACAUGACUGAAAGAGUUUCCAAGUUCAAGAUCCCAAUUAAAGCGUAUUUUGUCGACAAAUUACCAAAGACAGCAACGGGUAAAAUUCAAAGAAGAGUAAUUGCAGAAACUUUCGCCAAAUGA